CAAUGGUAGUACUCUGUGUAUUUUUCAUGUGUUUGCUCUAAGCUAGUUACUCAAGAUUCACUUGAAUAUAAAUUAAUAUUUACAUGAAUUGUUAAAAAACAUUUUCUCAGUGGUGUGAUUGAUACUUAGGAUACUAAAUAAUGGCGAAGCAUCAUCCCGAUUUAAUAUUUUGCAGAAAACAGCCGGGCGUUGCUAUUGGUCGGUUAUGUGAGAAAUGUGAUGGGAAAUGUGUGAUUUGUGACUCCUAUGUACGACCCUGUACACUUGUACGUAUUUGUGAUGAAUGCAAUUAUGGUUCGUACCAAGGACGUUGCGUUAUAUGUGGAGGACCUGGUGUUUCAGAUGCCUAUUAUUGCAAAGAAUGUACAAUUCAAGAGAAAGAUAGAGAUGGGUGUCCAAAAAUAGUGAACCUGGGAAGUUCAAAGACAGAUCUAUUUUACGAAAGAAAGAAGUAUGGGUUCAAACGACGAUAAAUCCAUCUUUAUGUAUAAAUCAAUUACUAUACCCUAAAAUCGAGGUGUUAUUAUGUAUGAGAAGAAUGGCAGGUGUUGUGUGUGUGUGAAUUGUGGUCAAUGGAGAACGUGACUUCUUUUUUAUGGAUAAUAAAUAAAGUUGGUGUAAACACGA